ACGUCAUCUCAGCCGUGUCUGCCACUACGACAUAGUGGUAGGCACUUCAAGCCACUACAAAGACGCACGGGGAGGAAGUUAGAACGGAGAGCACGACACUCAGAAAGGACAGUACAACAGAAAUAAAGAAAAAUUAAAGUUAAAAUCGAGAGAGAGGAGAGGAAGAGAAAGUUUCGUGCUUCCUUUUCCGCAAAGUAAGCACUCGAUUCUGUUGCUGUGUGCGGAGACAAGUACGGGUAGCGCUUACAGAUGCGGUGGAUUUGCUGACAGUCCGGGACGAUAGUUGAGAUCCUGUUGUGAAAGAGUCAUGGAGAACGGAAAGAGUCGCCUGCGUCAGGCUCAGGAGGAGGUAGAGCAGGUGAAGGUCAUCAUGUUGGACAACCUGAACAAGGCGGACGAACGGUCCGGCAAGCUGGGGGAACUGGAGAACCGGGCUGACCAGCUGCUAGAGAAGAGCAAGGCCUUUUCGAAGACCACAGGCAAGGUGAAGCAACAGAAGAGGUGGGAGGCCGUGAAGAUGAAGGUGUUGCUGGGUGGCAUCCUGGCAGUGGUGGUAGUGGUCAUCAUUGUAGUGGUCAUCAUUACGAACUACAGCUCUGAGUCUAAGGAUAGCACCCCUCCUAUUCCACCAACCAACAGUACCUAGAGCUGCCAGAGGCAGAGGUGAGGUAACAGGCUAAGACAAUCAGAGGUGGGAAUAGGGGUUUGUGGCCAAUUCCCCUUGACUCUGGCAUCGGCAUUAGAGGGAAUGUGGACAACCUGACUGAGAGAAAGUGUGGGAAAGCGGAGAGCUAUUAUAGGGGCAGGCAGUGGGUGUUUCUGGGGACUUGUUCAAGGCUUUUCGACUGUGUUAUUCAUUGAGAGAGUGAAAGAGAAAGAGAAGUCAGAUUAUGUACACAGAUUUGUGACUAGAUAAUAAGAGGAAAUGGUACCACUUCUUCAGCAGCAUUUGAGAGCCAGAACAUGUGACUCAUUCAGCUGCUACCCUUCUCUACUUUUCCAAGGUAAUAAAACUGGCCCUGUGCAUUCCAGAUAUGCACAUAAUUUUAAUUUAAUAUAAUUUUACAAGCCGUUCCAAAAACUGGAUCCACCUCAUAGAUCAGGACAUCUCCCCCUGUCCUAACUGCAUGUAGCCCGGUUGUUUAUAAAUCACACCAUUAAAAAGCUACUGAUUUGUUUACACCUCAAAACAAAUGGUAACACUGACCAGGCGCUGAGAGAGAUUUCAGUGUUUUUCCAGGCACAUAUUUUGAUGUCACUUCACACGUCUUUCACUGUUCAGUCAAUUAGAAUGUGGGGGCAGACUUCCCAUUAACCCAAACAAAAAUCUACUGUAUGAUAUCACAGAAUGUAAACUCAUUACUUCCUGUAAACACUUUGCUCUCAGGCAUUUGACUGUGACUUUAGUCUUUGUUUUAAAAUGGCUGCUGCAUGCAUGUUCCAUUUUGUCCCUUAAUAACACAAAAGCAGAGAGAUCUGCUUAUUUCAAGCAAGUGUGUGUGCGUAGAAAUAAGAGCUUGCCAAUCCACUAGUUUCCAGAUUAGUAAAAUUCAUUAGAAUUAAAAAUACAAGAGGUGUCAAUUUAAGAAACCUUUUAAUUGUGUGAGAAAACUUUGCAUUUAUGUGUACAUUUUUACAAUGACUGAGUGAGUAGUGUUCUGUAUGUGACACACCCUUGCUGCUGACAUUUCAUGUAACCUGAAUUGUAUUUUUCUGUUUUGUGUUACUUUCUGGUUUUGUUUUGUGUUAUGUAAUGGAACAUAACUGGAUUGCCUAUACUGGUGUUGUUUUUUGUUCUGUUACCUGAAUGCUUUUGCAUAAGAGUUUGUAUGCAUGUGUUUUGGUGUGCAUGUAUGUAAACUGGUAAAGCAUUAGGAAGUAAUAUUACAGAAUAUUAUGUAGAAAUAUAUUGGCAUGGCAUAAAUAGGUAGACUCAUUUUGAUAUUUGGCACUGAUGUUUACAUUUUGUGUCUUGAGGCAGCAAUACACCUCUGAUGUACAUGAUUUUGAACCUCCAUGGAAGAACUUCAAGUUGCAUGUUUCAAUUCAGUAUUUCAGUUCUGUAUUCAUAGAUUAUGCUCUACUUUUCUGCAAUGCUUUAAUUGAAUUCUCAUAUUAAAGUGUUUAAAGACAGGUGGGUUAGAUACAUGUGCAAAUAUAAGCAACUUUGCUCUGUUUACAAAUAAUUAUGAAAAUCAAAAUACUUCAUAUAUCGUACAUUUUUAUAUUAGUGGGAUGGUCUUAAGUGAGAAUGAAAUUACUUGCACAGAAAUGUUCAUGCAGGAGGAUGUUGGAAUCUUAUUGAUUUUUUUU